AUGUACUCUGACCUGUUGGGCCUCACAGAUGAGGAACCUCUGGCUGAUUGGCGGAUCAUUGUCACAACAGCAGAAUCACGCACUAAAUGGGCCGGGACCAUGGCCGGGACGCCCUGCGCCCUGACGCUGGAUACAUAUUGCUUCUUGCUUAUAGUCAUAAGAUCCGUGUGUGCUCCAGCUUACCUGUGCUGCUGCACGGUGCUGCAGACUGCCGCCUCUCUGCGCCGCGUCUUCUCAACGAGGAAACAUUUGGAGAGCAUCGCCGAGCUGCACAGCCGCACACGGAGCCGACCACAGGCGCCUGGAGAAGGGGAGGGAUGCUCCAGCUUUUACCACGGCUUUAUUCCUCGCUGCGACAUUUGCGAUGAGCUGUGUGGACUGUCUCCUGCUGUCCACAGCUGA